AUGUGUGUUGCCCUUUGUUUUGUUCCUCUCACACAUUUGUUUGCCCGCCACAUACCCUGCUGGCUUUUUCUUAUCGCGUACCACCAUUGUUUUCUUGCCUGUGGCGUUGUACUUUGCCCUUCUGACAUUAUUAUUUUUUUUUUUUCUUUGAAGAUGAGCGCCCGUGAUGAACUGAUAGGGAGGCUUAAGGUGGCGCUGGCUGAGAUUCAGCAGCGCGAUUCCUACUCCUCUAAUGCCUCGCUUGACAGUGAGCUUCUUGGGGUGGUUGCCGAUUACAUUGAGCAGGGUAUGGAAAGGGAGACGGCUUUGCAGCGUUUACGUGGGGCUCUGCUGCGGUCAGAGGUAGCGUUAGGAGGGUUUGCCCCCGCGGUGGAAGAAGGCGGAGAUGAAGGACCGAGAGAGGCAGCGUCCUUGGGAGUGUCCGCUGAGGAGAUGGGACGACGGCGUGCCGAGCGCCUUCUUGCACAGGCGCUUACUUUGCGCUUUCGUUAA